UUCUCCGCCCCCCAAACCCGGCCAAGCCCUGCAGAGGCGGUGGCUUGGUCAGUCCUCCUCCUCUCUCUCUCUCUCUCUCUUUCUCUCUCUCUCUCUCUCUCUCCAAGCCAUCGCUCCAGGCUGCUCCACAUCCUCCCUGAGAAGAAGCCAGAUCCGCCCUGGUAUCCAGAUCACUGCACAAAGAUGCCGUCCCAGCUAGAGCACGCCAUGGAAACCGUCAUGCUGACGUUUCACAAAUUUGCAGGAGACAAAAACUAUCUAACCAAAGAUGACUUGCGGCAGCUGAUGGAGAAGGAGGUCCCAGGGUAUAUGGAGAACCGGAAAGACCCCAUGGCCAUCGACCGGAUCAUGAAGAACUUGGAAGAGUGUCGGGACGGGAAAAUCACCUUCGAGGGAUACCUCUCCCUGUUCGCCGGGCUCACCAACGGCUGCAACGAGUAUUACGUGAAGAAGAUGAAGCCCACGGGGAAGAAGUAUUGAAGCCAAAGGAGUGUCCUUACCGUGUGCCCAUUUUGCCCCCAAGGAGUCUUCCGGUCUUCGGGAACCUACUGGAACCAAGCCUGCUUGAGCUUCAACGUGCCACGUCCCUGUUUCCGAGCUAACCAUUGAGGAAUCGCCCAAACCUUAACAAAACCCCAACCUCGGCCAUUUCCCCAAAAUGUUCACAACACCCAAACUGUUCCCAUUGCUGGUGCUGGCUUGUUUUUUCCCCCGCAUGCUCCUAACCAUGAAAUAAAAACAUUUUGUUUGUUUGUUUCCUA